AUGAUGAAAAGACCGGCAGCUUUCACAUGUCUCAGGCGGACUAUAUCCUCGGUGACGGCGGCGGCGACCUCCAAGAUCGACAUUCGCCGGCUCCGGGACGCAAAGCCCGCGGACCAGGCGGUGCUCCUCCGUCGAGCACUCGCAUCGCCAACAGCCAAUAAUACCUCAAUUACGAGCCAGCUCCUCGAUUCAGUGGCAACAGGAAGCUUGCCGGAUCUGCCUGUACGAACAUGGCUGUCCAUCGCCGAUGACCCUCAGGUCACUGUCGCCGUUGUUUGUCAGCGGCAUAGUGUAACUCUUCGACGGCUGGCUAUGCCCGUUCUCACGGCCCAGCUUCGCCGUGAUGCCACUUUUGUGCCCACGUGGGAUGCUCUCGGUGGAUCCGAGGGCAUUGCCAAGCUACUUGCUCAGUUUAGCUUGACGGACUUACGGUUAUUCAUCAAAAGUCUCCGUGAGACAGCUCUUGCCGGGGGCCAGACACGGACGGAGCGUCAACAAAGAAUAGGAGAGUUGUUUAAGAUGCUCAACGAUGGCAAUCGGAAUCCGGAUAAACGUCCAUUGGAAAUGGAAUAUGCGCAUCUUCUGCCAAGCUGCCCGGCUGAAAUGGCUCUGGCAUGGACAGAUCAAAAUAGUAGAUCUGAGUCUGUGCCACUUAGAUGGAGAGAGUUGCUCGCGGAUAACCAUUUGAUCAGAAAGGCUGUACUGAAGCGAAUCAACAGAGCACACCGGACCACAAUAUCUGAGAUGAACUUCCGAAAGCCUUUCUCAGCGUCAGAGAUCAAAGUGAGUUGGGGAAAAGUCCGACAAUCCCUGGCCCAUAGUCGAGGCCUGAGGCUGAAAGGAUUUCAACUACUGGCCGCAAGCAAUGACUUCCACAGGGCACCUAUUGGCGAUAUCAGGGACAAGGUGAUCUUACCACUCGCAAGACAACAUAGUCGUCGACGCUGUGAUCCGAAGGCUGCCUCUGAAUUUUGGACCCUGUUAAUCGAGGCUUCAGAGGGUUGUCCGGCCUUGCUUGAUUACAACGCAAUCCACAGCCAAGGAAUAUUGAGGCAUGAUUCAGUUCUCAGACAUCGGAGGUCUCUCUUCGAAUACGCUGUUCGCGCUUGGGGUCACAAUUUAUUGCCUGACACAGAGCUUGCAGCCUAUCUCGAAACAUUUCCUGACAGAGAAUCAAAGCGGAUCUCAGUUGAAGUUAUGUUGAAGCAAGUUCCAAGGGACAAACGCCGCUUAAGUGAUAUGCUCAGGGAACUCAAGAUCAGCAUAGAGGUCUUCCUUCUUCUCCCCAGGCCCGAAGCUAUAAAUUUGUUUGAGCGCCUUCAAGACGCACACCCUGGAUACGGUUACUCUGCCCUCGAGCCUUGGAAUUACAAUGAUUCCGAACUGGGGAAUUUGUUCCAAUUCAGUACAAACAAUGAAGAUGAGUCAUUGAAUCCGGACGGCCCAGCCCUGCGGGGAUUUCUCCUGCGCAACCUCUCAAAUAGUCCUACUCCCUGCCUUGUCGAUCCUCGCCACGUGAGAAAUCAUUUACGAGUAACUGAGCUCUCGCGCCGAAAGUCGUUAUCCCAGCAAGGGCGCACGGCAGAGGUUAGGGCAUUCUGGGCAAUUUCUGCCUGUCGGCUUUGUAUUGCCAUGGGCGAUAUUGAUGCUUACAUCGAUACAUUGAUAUGGGCGCGUCGCUUCAACAAAGAUGCCAUGGUACUAAAACUUCUAUAUGAUGACCAACAACUCCACAUACCGCCCCUGUUACGUCUUCUGUCUGCGAUGGAUGCUGGGCAUACAACAACAGAUAUUCAGGAGAAUAUGCGAAAGGCAAACAAAGUCCUCAUGACGCUUCUUGAAACAGCGGCCAUGACGGUUGAUUUACCCUCUUUCUGUCGGUCUGAUUGGGAAUCGGUGUAUCAGCUCAUCCCCAAGGUCGCUGAACUUCGCUUGAAAGGCUAUCAAAAAAUGAAAGUUCAGAUGAGAUGGUCCGAAGAGCAAGUCUUCAAUGUGAUUCUACAACCAACCUUGGAUACGAUGGUUGCAGCAGAGUCGUUGAUUCUUCGGCCCGGGAAUCAGCGCCUGGGGUUUCAAAAUCCGAAUGGAUUUGCGUUAUUUAGCAAGUCUUCAUCGACGAUGGAGUUUACUCCAAUGAUCGUAAGAUUCUUGGAUAUGUUGGCAAAAAACCGGGACAGUCUUUGGGCUGGAUACCGGAUGAGACUCGAUCCUGAAGUUUCCAAACUUCAAUCACCAUGGCCAAAGGGACUCCCGGUUCAGUGUCUGUGGCCACAACAUCACAUCAGUCAGGCUGGUGAUGCUUCGUACUUGCAGAAGCGAGCUCAGGACGUCGUGUUUUGUGACCCGCAGGUGGCUUUGUCUCCAGCGCCGGGCUCUGCCAAGGCUCACGCUUGUAUUGGCGUUUUCGUCGACGAUUGGAGUGUGGCGCUUCGAGUCUACCUUCAUGGCAAAAAUGGCGACUCUGAGUACGAAACGCAGCUUAAAACGGCUUGGGAUUACGCACUCCAUCAUCUCACCGGUGAUAGAAUGUCGACAGAAGAGGCACAAAGAUUCUGGGCUCGGGUGUUUCCUUACUCUCCUUUAAUAGCCAAGGUUCUUGAUGAGGACGCCCCCCGUCGUUGUUACGCGAAUAUCCCUAAACAUGAAGCCAAUGAACCAUCAAGAACAACAAAAUGGGACCCUGAUCCAAGUUAUAACGCCAUGACUGCAUAUCGAAAAGAUGAGAGACGCCUCCGAGUCGCGACAGUCCUCGACUCUAUGGUCAAACCCGGCUGGAAGAUGGGCACUCACUGGACAAAGCGGAGACUGACUUGGAUGGAACCGAUAAUUCCGAAGCAUUCGAAAACUGUGCUCGACUUCUGGCAUCCAAAAACCUUAUCACAGUGUCCAGGGUCUGAGCUGGAUAGUCAGAUGAUGGCGGCUGUCUUGUGUCUAAACAGUACACACGGAACGAGUUGUGUACUCUCUGAGCAGCUGAGUUUAGACAAAAAUCAGACCUUCGACUCUAGACUACUCUUAUCCAAAGGGUUUCUUGAGAGAGAAAGCAUGAUGUUUGAUAAAAUAGUCUCAUCUCUCAGACUGAACCGCUCCCGUCUUCCUCCUCAACUUCUGGAAGGGCUUGGAAUAUCUAUCCUGCGGCGAAUUCAGGAAGAUCCAGUCAAAAUUGAGGGAGCAUAUGAACUUUUUUACAUAAUUGUUCGGAUGCUGUCGGAUGGGCCACAACCUUCACUCGCUAGCUCACUCAUUAAGGAGUUCAUAGUAGAAGUCCCCCAAGCUAGUGAUUGGCAUCGAUAUCUAUUGAGCUCUCAUCACUUGAACCGGCUUGAGCCCAAAGAUGCGGAGGCCUUCAUCGAAUCGCUAUCCGGUGGUAUAGUAGAGAAGCUAAGAUUACAAAAAGCAAGACAAGCAUCGGAAACUGGCCACACAGUCUCGGAAUCUCUGAUCCGAGUGUCGACAGUCAAGUCUGUGGAGCAACUCCUGCGAGGGAAGAACUUCACUACGUCACAAAAAGCUGUGAAUAUCCUCGGGGAGAUACUAAGGCAUAGCUCCCAUGUCGAAAUACAGGUGGCUGCGAUAAAAGCUCUCACCGGAUUACUCACAGACGAAUGUGACAACAUGGAUGUUUUAAGCCUCUUGGAGCAAUAUGCCGUGCCCAUCGCCUCUGCGCUCAACGAAAGGCACCCCGAUAUCGAGUCGGAAUGGAAAUCAGCCAGCAACGGAGGAGAACUCCCGCUUGUUGAUCAUAGUCAGGAUGGUCAUACUGUGUUGGGCAUGCUCAUGCCCAGGAAACGCAAGCCUUGCAGUGAUGCGCUGCUAAAGCUUGCCACCAAGGCCCUCCGCAUAUCUAGCCAAACUAAUUCACGAUGGCUAGCUGUGUUCAUGGAGAAGUAUGGCUUUGGAAAUGGAGCUUCGAUGCUGCCUAAGAUUCCAACCUGCCCCGAGAAGUUUCUAGAGUUGCUGCGACAGAACAAUCCUCACAGCAUAUCGGUGGAUGAUUUUACCAUAAUUCGGGACUAUGUGCUAUUUCUGCUCGAUCAACCGAAGGAUAUUCGAGAUUUCACUACUUACGUACAGAACAAUCGAAGAUUAGCAAGUUCCAACACUGGCAGACACUGGAUUCACUUGUGGUCCAAAACCUCUAAGGAGGCAUUGGACUUGGGCGGAGGAUGGGCAGCAGAGAUUUUGGCCUCUAGCACCGUUAGCCAAAUUGAUGGCAAGACCUCAAAGGUUUCGUCCAUGGCAGAAGACUUUGUGUUGCGCAUGGCUGAGAUAGCGAUAUUACGUGGAGAUUUGGCCCUCUUUGACGAUAUUGUCUCCCGGAUACCGACAAGUGGUCCAGAGGGAGCCCAGGGGAGUGCAGGUUCUGACAGGGUUAUCAGGCAACUGAUCAAGAGGAUUGAUGAACUUAGAACACCAGAAUGGCAAGCUGACCACUAUCGGCGACCAUCCGCAUUGCCAAAUACGUUGCCUCUGAGGCUGAGACUCUUGAAUCUCUCACAUGGCGAUUCCAAGGCCGUUGCGGAGAUGAUUGUGCAGUUGUUGCGUGAAGUCACAACAGGUGGCAGGCUGUAUUAUGACGAUUUCGAGAUCAUAAGGACGCAUAUUAUGACAGCAGUCUCUAAGCAAUCAGCGCCAUCGUUGGCUAUUGCUCUAGGAAGUCUUGAUAAAUUAGAUAGCCGGGCCACUCCAACCCAGGCAGAUCAUCUCCGCACCAGGCUUGCAGCAGAGCUUCUUGGCUUUGACAAUUUUGACAAAGAAAACGAUAGCAAUGGUGAGGCAAAAGAUAAAAAUGGGCUGGAGAUCUGGGAAAUGCUGAAUAAAUGGAGCAUGAGCCCGAUUGAAGAGUUUAGAAACUUGGCUUGGCAGAUGAAUGUCCAGGUUCGCUAG